AUGCCCCGACCCCCGCCCACUGCCGAGGAAAUCGAAGAGUUUCGCCGCCAGAAACUUGUCGAGGUGAUCCCCGAGGGGAUGCUGAAAAGCGAGUGGAAAAAACGCAAGCGGCAGCAGCAAUGGCAGGACCUGAAGGAGGAGUAUCGCCGUGAAAAGCGGGCGAAGAAGAAAGCGGUGGCCGCUAGACAGCGGGAACAAGGGACGAAACCACAACGCAAGUUCCCUCCGAAAACCCAACAGCCGCUGGGGCUCUCAUUUGUGUUUGACUGCGCUUUUGACGACCUCAUGAACCAACGCGAAGUAGUGCUGAUGCUGAACCAGAUCGCGAGGGCGUACAACGUCAGACGCCACUGUACAUACGAGAUGCCGUUGCUGAUAGUGCUGUUCGACAAGCGGCUCAAAACACGGUUUGACGACGUCAUUCGCGAUCACGUCAAUUGGAAAGGGAUCGAGUUUCGUGAGGAACCGCUUGAAAAAGUCUUCCCCGAUACCUCCAAACUUGUGUACUUCUCUGCUGAUACCGACGAUGUGAUUGAAGAGCUCGAAGAAGGCACGACUUAUAUUAUCGGGGGGAUUGUCGACAAAAAUCGUCACAAGAACCUCUGCAUCAACAAAGCCAAAGAACUCGGUAUCCGCGUGGGGAGACUACCCAUAGACAAGUACAUCGCCAUCAACGGACGUCUGGUGCUAGCCACCAGUCACGUUUAUGAGAUCUGCUGUAAGUGGAAAGAAUACGGCGACUGGGAACGUGCGUUUAACGAAGUGUUGCCGCCUCGGAAACUUAAAGACAAGUCUGAAGAUGAUGACCAUAAUGAGUCUAAUACCACUGGAGAAGUUGAGACUACUCACGAUGUUGUCUCCGAUACCGUGGAAAAUAGCGGCGCGAACGAGGAAGAAGGUGCCAAAUCCGAGCCUAAAGCCAAUUGA